AUGGUCAAAACUUAAAGGUUGCCACAUAGAGAAGGAGUAUUCUGGUCAAAAAACAUUGGUUCAUGGGAUUAUGGAAAGAAAGUAGUUAUUUAUAAUUAUUAUUUGUAAUAGGAUGGAAUAGGAUAGUAUGAAGGAAGCUAUUGCGAUUAUUAUUUAGGAUAUUGGGAAAAUUGUAGAUGUUCUUGA